AUCUUUUGUGUUAAAAACAAUACACACUUUACUAAUAUUUUAAACAAUAUGUCACUCAAAACUUUGAUCUUUUUUGGACUCUUGGCUGUGGCUCUAGGAUUCACUCUUCCUGAAGAAAAUACUGCUGUCGUUAAUGAUUCAGAAUGGGUUUAUGGAGAUGUAGUUCCAGUAGCUGAUGAUCUCGUUCUUGUAAGGAAAGCCCGAUCACCCCAAGGCUCAAUGAGUGGUACUUUUGAACACAGCCGACGAGAUGGAUCAAGUGCAAACUUUGACUACAAUCAUCAAGUGACAAGAAAUUUGGAAGUCUAUGGAGGAGCUGGAAGGAACUUCAAGUAUAAUGACAACAAUGCUCAUGCUGGUCUUAGAUAUAGAUUCUAAUUUGAGUGUUGAAUAUAGCGAAAUUAUUUAUUGUAUAGCUUAAGUAAUUCUUUAAUUCUUUUAAACGAAAAAAUAGAAUUUGUAAAAUUUGGUAUUGAAGAGAAUUCAAUACCGGGAGAAUAAAAAUUAAUAUG